UACUUUUCUUCUUCCCUCAACAUGGCGUAUGGCACUGAGCAGAAGCAAAAUGGCACGAAUGGUGUCAACGGCACGAAUGGCAAGAUUAAUCACUGGGCCUCACCAGGCAUGACUGCGUUCGAUUUUCGAAGCGAUACGAUCACAAAACCCAAUGGCCGCAUGCUAGAGGCUGUCGCUGCCACCACCCUCGCCGACGAUGUCUUUCAAGAAGACCCCACCACGAAUGAUCUCGAGAAGCUGAUCGUCUCCAUCACGGGCAAAGAAGCCGCUCUAUUCGUCCUCUCUGGUACCAUGGGCAAUCAAGUCGCGAUUCGAACACAUCUUCAAGGCCCACCUCACUCCGUCGUUGCCGACCACCGAGCACAUAUCGUCGAAUAUGAAGCGGGAGGAGUAGCUUCGCUUUGUGGAGCCAUGUGCAAGGGAGUGAUCCCAAGCAAUGGAAAAUACCUGACCUUGGAAGACGUUCAAAAAGCCGUCGAUCUAAGAGACGAUAUCCACGGCUGUCCGACAAAGCUCAUCAGUUUGGAGAAUACUUUGGGAGGCGUGAUAUACCCUCUCGAUGAGAUCAGAAGGAUCAGCGAUUGGGCUCAUUCACAUGAUAUCAUAAUGCACUGCGAUGGUGCACGGCUCUGGGAAGCAGUCGCUGCCGGAGCUGGCAGUCUGAAAGAAUAUUGUGCUUGCUUUGACAGUCUCAGCUUAUGCUUUUCCAAAGGUCUGGGAGCACCUAUCGGGAGCAUGAUCGUCGGCACAAAAGGCUUCAGGGAAAGAGCUCGUUGGAUUCGAAAGUCCAUCGGUGGAGGCAUACGACAGGCUGGAGUGAUCACUGCCGCCGCGCGAGUGGCUGUCGAGGACACUUUCCUCGGAGGUAAACUCCAAGGAUGCCACGAGAGAGCACGACAGAUCGCAGCUCUCUGGAAAAGUUACGGCGGAACCACUUCGCAUCCAGUCGAGACCAACAUGGUAUGGCUGGAUGUGGAAGCAGCUGGUCUUUCUGUCGACAAGUUCAUCGAGCUAGGCCAAAAAGCAGGCCUUCGACUUUUGGGCGGCCGACUUGUCGUUCACUACCAAAUCGGCGAGGAAGCCAUCGAGAGAUUGGACAAUUUGUUCCAAGCCAUUUUCAAAGGCAAGGAACUCCACGGUGUCGUCGAAUUCUCUCCAGAGUCGAUGAAGUCUGCUGUAAGAUUCGAAGCCUACUACUACCAACCCGGAAAGUGAUGGAGGACCGCAGAAACAUUAUUUGCGUGCGAACUUCAAGCUCGACGUGGGAGAAAAAGUUUUUACAUGAAACCUCGAAUGCUGACGAUACUCAUUUUUUCCUAGAUUGAACCCGAUAUCAAACCUACUGCCCACUCCUACGGGUAAGCCUGCUGUCUAUCUAUGGAACGCAGUUGUCCCAGUCAGCCGAACGCCACAACCACCACCAUAUCGAAUCGAAAAAACGAUCCGAGAUCCCUCGCUCAACUCAAGAGGAGCCCGAUCUACCUACCGUAGCUGUGAGCAGAACCAGCCUGUUCGCGCGUUGAAGACAGUUGCUUGUCGUCUCACAGCGUCGAGUGUUUCUGAAACACUCAUAGCAGAUGUCUAGCCCGGACGCGGGCUUCGCGGCUCUAGGAUCAUUUUGGAGACUUAUCUGGGACGGGACAUGGACCAGGACUUAAUGCAACAUCCUGAAGGAUUGGACUCUGGACUGGACUGGACUGACUGGAUCAAUACAUUGAACGUCUGUGGCGGAGAGAUUGCGCAAAGGGAGAAAUAUGAGCAGAAUAGCACAGACAAUGGAAAACCAUUGGGUAUCUUACUCACUCUCAAUCUCCCUCAACAAGCUUCUUUUUCCUCCUCAAACCUCAAGCCUAGUCCUACUCUGCCUAGCAACCCACUUCUUGACGCCAACCCAAGUAUCCUGCUUCGUAUCCGCACCCCCAAGUUCACUCCCAACCUCAAAAACCGUAGUAACACCAUCCAGCCCACCCACAGCCACAUGUCUCCCCUGAUUUUUCUCCCAAGCUAACUUAUUCAAACUCUUAAGAGCAUAAACAUCCUUCUCCUGAUUACUAGGUCUCGCGCCACCAACCGGCACUUCCGAACUAGCAUUGAUAUCAUAAAUAUCAAGUUUCCCACUCCCAUCCACACACGCAAAAACUCCGGGUUUCGUAGGCGACCAUUUCGCAUCGUAAACGGAAUCUUCUCGUUGGAUUUCCAGCAAAGGUUUGAUGACUUCUGCGUUGCCGGAAAUUGUGCUGGAUGUUGUGGACGGUGGGCGGGCGCGCCAGAUUUUUACGCUCCAGUCCAGACCGCAGGAGACGAAGAGGUCGCCGAGAUCGAUUUUUCCGCGUGCUGGGUGGAAAUCUAUGCCUGUGACUGGGGCUUCGUGACCGCGGUAGCUGGUUCGGACGUCGACGCCGGAUUUUGCGCCUGCGCGGUCGUAGCGAUGGACGGGGAAGAUUGAGCCUUGUUCUGUGCCUGCUAGGAAGUAGGUUGGAUCUGAGGCUGGGAAGGAGAUGCAGGUUGGUGCU